CAUCCACAUCUGUGGAAUAAUCUGCCAGUUGCGACAAGAUCUGUUGACUCUGGGUCUUGAGUCUUUAGGAAUCAGCUAAAAGCCUCGCUUGCUAAUGUCUUUUUCUAUUUUUCUAUCUUUACCUUUGUCAUAAAAACCCUUGGCUAUGUGUACUUUGUUAAGACUUGCUUCUAUUGUUACCUUGUUAUUUGAAUGUGGCUUCGGACAAAAGCAUCUCAACAACGAAAUGUAACACUUCUCACCCACAAAAACUAUUUUAGAUACACGUGAACUUCAAAUGAAAAGAGAUAUCCGGCCAUCAGUUCCUACUGAAGGAGGCCAUAAGUCAAAUCUUAUAGUUUGAGUAACCAUGCUGCAUAAUUUAAUUUACAUUUAAAAUUGUAUUAUUAUGAGGGGUUUUUCUUUUUUCCACCAUCUUUUACUUAAAACACAAGCUUCAGUAUUUAAAUUUAAAUGAAUGAACUAUCUUUUAAAAUGUCGACUGAUAGCACCUAAAAAAUGUGGUUUUAUAUGCCUGCAUGUUGAAUGUAUAUGUUUGCAGUGAGAAGUAUAAAGUCUCAAUCAAUGCAUUAAAGAAAACUGUGACCUAUUUGCUAUUAAAUUUUCUGCAUGAUUUGCACUUUGUGAAAAGCCUGAUGAUCCAUGUUAUCCCAGCAUGUUUUAAAAAAUGAGUUUUUUUACGUUACAUGUGCACAUGUGAGCACUCAGCAUCUGACUACCAAAGAGGACUUCCUAUCCUACCCACCAUUGCCACUGAGUUCCUCUUGUUGCUUACCUUUUGCUUCAUCAUGUCUGACAGUGAGAAGGUGAUCUAUACGGUCUUGGAGGUUUUUAUCGCUAUAGCAUGUUGUUUUGGGAAUCUGUUGGUGAUUUGGGCCGUCUGGUCGAGCCGGGUUCUUCGUAAGACCACCUUCUGCUUUGUUGUAUCACUGGCAGUGGCUGAUUUUCUGGUGGGCGCUGUGGUCGUACCUCUGGCUGUGUUAAUUGAUGGACGAGUACAGACAAGAUUUCAUACUUGUCUGUUCAUCAGCUGUGUGGUCAUUCUGUUGACCCAAGCCUCCGUUCAUUCCUUGCUCGCUAUCGCUGUGGAUCGAUUCCUGCAUAUCUAUAAUCCCCUCAGGUUAGUUCAUUUGUUAAAGUUACAGUUUCUACUUUCUCAUGGCAACUCUGCAGUUAACCCAAUAGUGUAUGCUUUUAAGGUCCCAAAGAUUAAGACUGCCUAUAAAAACAUCUUGAUGAAGCUCAUAAGCUGGAAGCAAAACACAGAUCAAAGCAGCCAGAACUUGGAUAAAACCGCUACCAGCUCCAACACUAAUAUCAGGUAUAAAGUGAAAAACACCCAAGAUGGUUUUGACCGCUAGUUAAGAUCUUUAGCAUGGGACGGUUAUGUAAUCUCUAGUAAUAUGCAUAAUUAACAUGAUAUACUGUAAAUGUAUAUUGAUAUCUACUGCAUUAUAUAACUGAUAUUGUGAUAUUUCAAGCAAUACAGUAGUUUCUUGAGUAUGUCUGCAAAUGUAAGACUGAUAUCAGCUUUAUUGCAAAAACUUUUCAAACAUAGACUGCUAUUAUUUCUGCUUACUGCAGAUUUGUGUAUUUAACACCGACAACUUGAAAUUCUGAGCUGAUUUUUUAAACACAGCAUCUCGCUACACAUCGGUCAUAACACACAUGCUUAAGUUUUAAAGACUGCAUUCAAGAAAUGUCUCGAGUACCACAUUGCUGAAAAAACUGUUACAGUGUUUAUAGAUAUUUUUGAUAAGUUAAGCUAGGUCAAUUUUGAUAUAGUAAUAUCUAAUGAUUAUAGAUUAGCUAAUGAUUAGCUAAUCUAAAGUUUGGUAAUAAUUAAAUUUUUACUUUUAUUUGU